AAAGGGUGCUAAUUUCAUGGCGUUCGGUGAUGGCCAAGUGUGGUAAAGAAGGAAAGAGACACCUAUGCCUGAAGAAAAGGGACCAAACAUGUUAGAAUAAAAAGUUGAGGGGUGAAAGCUGUACCUGAAGAAAAGGGACCAUACCUUCCCUUGUUUUUUCACCUUCGUCUCUUUUCCUUUGUCACUCUCCGAUCACCUCACCGGCGAUCCUCCACCCCACCGCUGCCUCAACACGCCACCGUUCCUCUACAUCGGCCAACUGUCUAUUAUAAUCAGAUCUUAAAAAGAAGGGGAAUUCAUGGCUCAAAUUCCCAAUUUACAGAAUGGACCUAUCAAUUUCACUUCUGUAAGAGAUCAGUCUCAGAAGGAGCUUUUGACAAUCCUAAAAAACAUUCGAGGGAAAAAGUGUUUAGUCAUCGAUCCGAAGCUAGGUGGUUCACUGUCAUUAGUCGUCCAGACUUCACUUCUCAAGGAACACGGGGCUGAGCUACAUCAUCUUAAUUCAGAUCCGAUCGAGACUAACUGUACAAAAGUUGUCUACCUUGUACAAACUCAGCUUCAUUUAAUGAAAUUUAUCUCGUCUCAUAUUCAUAACGACACAUCCAAAGGGCUUCAAAGAGAGUAUUUUCUCUAUUUUGUUCCUCGCCGUGCUGUUGCCUGUGAAAAACUUCUCGAGGAGGAAAAAGUUCACAAUUUACUAACUAUUGGGGAGUUCCCGUUGUAUUCUGUUCCACUGGACGAAGAUAUAUUAUCGUUUGAACUCGAUUUGUCUUAUAAAGAAUGCGUUACGGAUGGUGAUACAACAUCUCUUUGGCAUAUUGCCAAAGCCAUCCACAAGCUUGAGUUCUCGUUUGGUCUGAUACCAAAUGUAAGGGCAAAAGGGAAAGCAUCUGUACGUGUUGCUGACAUGCUUAACCGUAUGCAAGCUGAAGAACCUGUCAAUUCAACUGAUAUGGGUGUCCCUGAGAUAAAUACGCUUAUUAUUCUGGACCGAGAGUUGGAUAUGGUUACUCCUAUGUGUACUCAGUUGACAUAUGAAGGGCUUGUGGAUGAGCUUUUACACAUCAAUAACGGUGCUGUCGAAAUAGAUGCAUCAAUCAUGGGUGCUAACCAACAAGACGGGAAGAAAAUGAAGGUUCCUCUUAAUUCAACUGACAAGCUGUUCAGGGAGACCCGGGAUCUUAACUUUGAAGUCGUUGUCCAGGUUCUUCGACAAAAAGCAACAUCCAUGAAACAGGACUACACAGAGAUGACAACUACCAAUCAGACAGUCUCUGAGUUGAAGGAUUUUGUCAAAAAGCUCAACUCACUGCCGGAAAUGACUAGGCACAUAAAUCUUGCUCAACACUUGUCCACACUUACUUCAAAACCUUCGUUUCUUGGGCGACUUGACAUAGAACACACUAUUGUGGAGGCUGAAAGCUACGAUAUAUGCUUUGAACACAUUGAAGAGAUGAUUCAUAAACAGGAACCACUUGUUAGUGUUCUACGGCUUCUUAUCUUACUUUCAGUUACCAAUGCUGGCUUACCGAAAAGGCACUUUGACUAUCUAAGGAGAGAGAUUCUUCACAGCUAUGGAUUUGAACACAUGUCCACUCUUAACAAUUUGGAAAAAGCUGGGUUGGUCAAGAAGCAGGAAGGAAAAAGCAAUUGGUUGACUAUUAAGCGCGCCCUUAAUCUUGUGGUUGAGGAUACUGAUACUACCAAUCCCAAAGACGUUUCGUAUGUGUUUUCUGGAUAUGCUCCUUUGAGUAUCCGCUUGAUUCAGCAUGCAAUUCGAUCUGGAUGGCGUCCCCUUGAAGAAAUAUUGAAGCUGUUACCGGGCACUCAUACGGAGUCAAAGAGGAGUGUAUUUGCAAACAGUCCAUCAUUCGAUAUACUACCAGGGGGUUUACACAUGGAAAAACCUCAAGAUGGGAGGCGUUCAAUCGUUCUCGUUGUUUUUGUUGGCGGAGUAACGUUUGCAGAGAUUUCUGCUCUCCGCUUUCUCAGUUCUCAGGAAGGGAUGGCAUACGACAUUAUCAUAGGGACGACAAAGAUUAUAAAUGGUAAUACUUUGACCGAAACCUUUAUGGAUAACUAGGGCUGACUCGCGUGUUUUGUUAUCUGACUUCGGUACUCAUACCAUGAGCAUUUGGAUUUGUAACUCGCAUCAAGUGGCACUAUCAGAUCGUGACGGCUGUCCCAUAUUAUGACCGUCAUCUAUGAUCCAUGUCAUAGGGUUACAUCUGGCUUUAUAUUUUCUGCACUUUAUUUAUGCUUUUUUGAGUUUAAACUUGUUUUGUUUUCUGGUCUACAAGUUUGUAAUUUUUGUGUUAUGUCACAAUGUGAUGAGUUUCUUGCAUUGGUUUUUUGUACUUGAAAUUGGUAUAUGAUUUUACAGUUGAUACAGCAGUUUUUCUCGUUAA